UCAGAUGAUGAAAACAUCAAACAAAUGACAUCUGGCUCAAAAAGUGCAACGCCUGCCUCUGUGCAGGAUGAUUCUGUGUUGGUGAUGAAGCGAACACCUGUAGGUGCACUCAACAGUCAACUUCAGAAGCACAAUUCAGAUUCAGUCACAGUGCACCAAGAGCAGAGCAAAAAAAUUCAAAGGAAAUGUAAAUCUAGAGAUGGUAACCUGAGACAAACACAACAGAAGUUGUAUCAGUGUUCUGAAUGUGGCAAACAAUUUACACAAAUCUCCAAUCUCCAGAGCCAUACAAGAAUUCACACAGGAGAGAAGCCAUAUUGCUGUUCUGAAUGUGGCAAACAGUUUUCACGAAAAAACAUGCUUGAGAUCCACAAUAGAAUUCACACUGGAGAGAGGCCAUAUUGUUGUUCCGAAUGUGGCAAAAGCUUUCCUCGAAAGAAUGAUCUUCAGAAGCACACUAGAACUCAUACUGGAGAGAAGCCAUACUAUUGUUCUGAUUGUGGCAAACGAUUUACACAAAUCAGCUAUCUCCACAUCCAUGCAAGAAUUCACACAGGAGAGAAGCCAUAUCACUGUUCUGAAUGUGGCAAACAGUUUUCACGAGCAGAUGUACUUGAGAGCCACAAAAGAAUUCACACUGGAAAGAAGCCAUAUCGCUGUUCAGAAUGUGGCAAAGAAUUUACCACCAGUCAUUAUUUUCAAAUACACAAAAGAAUUCACACAGGAGAGAAGCCAUAUCAUUGUUCUGCAUGUGGCAAACAAUUCAGACAAAAGAAAGGUCUCCAGCUCCAUACAAGAAUUCAUACUGGAGAGAAGCCAUAUUGUUGUUCUGAAUGUGGCAAACAGUAUACCACAAAUAGCUCUCUUCAAACACAUUUGAGAAUUCAUACUGGAGAGAAGCCAUACUAUUGUUCUGAUUGUGGCAAACAAUUCACACAAAUGAGCAAUCUCCAAAUCCAUGCAAGAAUUCACACAGGAGAGAAGCCGUAUCGCUGUUCUGAAUGUGGCAAAGAAUUUACCACCAAUAACUAUCUUCAAAUACACAAACGAAUUCACACUGGAGAGAAGCCAUAUGGUUGUUCUGAAUGUGGCAAACAAUUUUCACAAAAGAGUGCUCUUCAAACCCACAAAAGAGUUCACACUGACAGAAGCUCAGAAACUGAAAUGUUGCCAACAAAAAUGAAGAUGUAAAGCAGAUCAUUUAGGGACAAUCCAAAAAUGUUUUAUAGAAUGUUAGGCAGGGGCACGGUGAAAGUAACUA